AUUACAUAUGGGCCUAUAAAACCCGCCCGCGACCGUUUUGCGUCACCAGUUGUAGCUUUGGCAGAUUUCACUACGGACAUCCACACAAGAUUCGUUCGAGACUUCAGCUCCUUCUCGAGUCCUUGUAGGUACAUACGGUACUUGAUCCUCCAGUUGCAGCACAGAGGAAGCGGGGCACUCCUGGGCCGGCAGUGCAUACGGUACGGUAGCGAUUAGUGAGGCUCUUUAGCAUUAGCCUGCAGAGUCGCGAUGGAGCAUUCCGAUCCCCCGCCGCCUCGAACCUUCGACGCGUCCUCACGCACGUCCUCGUCCUCGUCCUCCUCGUCCACGUCCUCGUCCCUGUCCAACGCCAACCUCGUCGGCCACCUCGAGCACGCUUCGAUAUUCCGGCCGAUAAUCUUCAACGCCACCGCCACCGCAGCCCACGGGGAUGACUCCUCCGCCGUCGAGACGCCGCCAGAUUCCCGGCCCGAGUCGGACCACGAAUUCGACGACCACCGACUACCCGCGCGCGCGGACCGGCGCAGCAGCUUCCCCGGGCUCGCGGGCAACGACGCGGGCUCGCUGAGCGAUCCUCGGCGGAAGAGUGCGGCCGACGGACUGCUGGUCUCGCUUGAGAGGAUCCCCGCCGAGAAGGGAGAGACCGGCCGCCGGUAUGUGCUCAAGAUUGACGAUGAGAUACGGGAGCUCCUGGCGGCUGGGGCGAGGGAACGGGUCUGGGGGAGGAAGGACGAGAAGGAUGGGGGAAGGCGAAGGAGGAGGAGGUUUGGAGAUCUGGUGUUCGUGGAACGGUUUACUAUGUUUGAUUCGAUGAAUCCCGAGAGCGCGAAAAGUCCGUUUCAUGGGUUUUAUGUGCUCAUAUGGUUGGGCGUGGCUCUGUUCAUGAUCAAGACUGCGGCGGAGAAUUAUAGAAUUACUGGCCGGAUAUUCGAUGUUGACAUUCUGUCGAUUAUGUUCCAGCCGACGCACCUCUUUGACUGCCUGUUCGCCGAUGCGAUAAUGUUCUACGGCAGUACCUUCUGGAACGUGCCGCUACAGCGUGCCGUGAUGAGUGGCGUCAUCUCCUGGAAUAAGUCGGGGUGGAUACUCCAGGCGCUAUGGGAAGCCGCGUACCUCUACCUGAUCGUCUCGUACACGCUCUACCGAGAGUGGCCGUGGAUCCAAACCGUCUUCCUGGUACUGCACUGCAUCGUCAUCUUGAUGAAGCAGCAUUCAUACAGUUUCUACAACGGCUAUCUGAGCGAGGUCUCGAAGCGGCGCAAGGUCCUCGAAGACAAGCUCGCACAUCUCGAGGACGCGGGGGCAACCACGACUGGCGCGGAUUUCCUGGGCGUAGACUCGCUCCGGGACCGCCGGCGCUCCUCGGUCGGCCUGCUAGACAUCUCGCAGUUCCCCGAUGAGCUCGAUCCUCGGCAGGCCAGCCGGUUUGCCUCACUCGUACGUGCCGAGAUCGAGGCGUGCGAUGCCGAGCUCUCCCUAGAAGCUACAAACUCUCCACGGGUCACCUACCCGGAGAACCUCACUUUCUCGAACUACCUCGAAUAUAUCCACUUCCCCACACUAGUCUACGAGCUCGCGUACCCACGUACGCGCUCAAUCAACUGGUCAUAUGUCGCCGAGAAGACGGCGGCUACCUUCGGUGUCCUGGGAAUCAUGAUCGUCGUGUCGCAGCACUUUAUGUACCCCGUUGUCAUCCAUUGCCAUUCGCUGCGUUCCCUCCCGCUCUCCGCAAGGCUUGCGGAGUUUCCGUGGAUCCUGCUGAAGUUGGUGUUUCCAUUCAUGGGUGAAUACCUCUGUGUCUGGUACCUAAUCUGGGAGCUAAUCCUCAACCUGCUGGGGGAGCUCACGCGGUUCGCCGACCGCGGCUUCGCCUCCGACUGGUGGAACGCCACAACCUGGGACGCCUUCGCGCGGGACUGGAACAAGCCGGUGCACAACUUCCUAUUACGGCACGUCUACCACAGCAGCAUCUCAACGUUCCAGAUAUCGCGGGAGACGGCGACUUUGAUCACGUUCCUGAUCUCGGCGGCCGUGCACGAACUCGUCAUGUGGUGCAUCUUUGGCAAGCUAAGGGGUUACCUGCUGCUCGCGCAGAUGUUCCAGCUGCCGCUGGUGAGUCUGAGUAGGACCCGGCUCAUGAGGGAUCGGAAGACGCUGGGAAAUGUACUAUUCUGGAUCGGUAUCUGGACUGGCCCGAGUUUUUUGAGCGCGAGUUAUUUGAUACUGUAGGCGCAGG